AUGCAUUUAAGUACAGAAGCCAACAUUUAUUAAAGGGAUUUGUUUUAAAACCAAAAUAAACCAAUAAUCCACAAGAAGGGCUCACCUAAUAAGCAUAAAUAGUAUAAUCCUAAUCUCCACAAAAGGAAAUAGAAAAUCAAAAUAAACGGCCACUAAGCUGUUCAACAAUUACGUUAUUACACAUAUUACAGUUGGCAUUUUAAGGCAUUUAAAUUUGUUAUCAUCAAACCAUUUGUUGCAUUUAAACAAAUAUGUUCUUAUAAGUAUUAAAAUCCUGAAUUCUCGCGGUAUUGAUAGUAAUGCCUAGAUGAAUGCCUGAAGGACUCAGUGGCAGUCAGUCACCAAGGUAUAUCCUCAUAUCAUUUAUGUGAAUGUGCGAGUUCAGAUAAACGACUAAAAUACAGGACCAUCAUUAGCAUAUAUACAUUCAGAAGAUAGGAGGCUCUACGUCGGAUUGUAACGCGCUUGCAAGAAAUGUUGGAAUGUUUCAUGUUGGGAAAAUAAAGUGAGUGAAAAAGUGAAAUAUCAUCAUUGAAAGAUGGAAGGAAUAUACAAGAAAAACAGCAUUGAUAGUAGUGACUCGUUCAGAAGUAGUAUCUCGAGUGAUAGUGAAAAUGCGAGUUCCAGUGAAAACUCGAGUGACAUCGGGGGAAAUAUCGAGUGUCAUUGCGAUGAGGUACAACAACCCAUAUGGAACACACUACAAGGUGGUGUGUUCUACAAAGUUGGGCAGAGUGGAUUCAGGCAUAAGCGACAUCUGAGGGUCGAGUGGGUCUUAGGCGACAAAUCAGACACCCACAAUUUAGUGUUAGUAGUUGAAGAACCAGGGAAACCAAGUCAGAAGAAAACCAAGCACGUUAUGUUUAAGGACAUUAAAUCAGUAGAGUCGCUGUGGGAAAAACCAGGGAAGAAAUGUCUUGUGAUACAUACAAAUACGAAGAACAUUGUUUUUGAAACAUCAGACUUUAGACAAGCCGAUAGUUGGGAGAGUGGAUUAGACAAACUUUUGUCUCAGCUGCCUCAAUGGAACGCUCAGUUAUUUGGAGGAAGUACAAGUGACCAUAUGAUAUACUAGAAUCGUGUUGUUUAAUGAUGUAUUAAGGUGCAAGGAGGAUUGGCUCCCAGAGUGCAACAUCGAUAUUUUUACCAAAUAUGGGCAUAUCGUGAUUACAAAGUUCGAAUUCAAACAGCAGCCAUUUUGUUCACUUCAACAUUUGAAUCGUGAAUUUCGGUCUAGUUUCUAGGCGAAAAAUUACAAAAUUCAUAAGAAAUGAUUGAGAUAUUGGUUUGAAUCUUUUUGACUGUUUAUUUUGAACUUAUAGUCGGUUACAAUUUCAAAAGAUAAAAGCAUUUUGACGUUCUCAUUGUUGGAAAAUAUCGAGUUGCC